GAAGACGAGGAGGCGGAGUCCUAUGUGACUAAGGAUGAGAAGGCUGCGCUGGCCGCUGAGCUAGCGGCCAUGACAGACCCAAUAGAACGAAGAGAGAGGGAAGACGAGCAAAAGUUAGCAUGGAAGUUGAGAAUGAAGAGGGAGAAGAAGAGGAGGAGAGAGGAAGUGAAUAAGAUGACCGCCGCAGUGGCAAAGGUGCAGGAGUGUAGAGCGGAGGUGCUGGCCCAGCCAGAUGAUAAGGCCAAGUGGGGCAAAGUACUGGGCUAUCUAGAGGUGUUGAGCAAGGCCUGGAUGGAGGAGCGCCAGGCAAGCUGGAACCAGGAUGUAGCGUUGAGUGCCAUGCGGUCCGGGUUCAGGGAUUUUGCCCGCAAAAUCGUCACCCAUAUUGGGGGCGAAGUCAAGCAAUUGAGAGACAACGUAGGGAAGUUUUGUGAGGGCGCCAUUCAGGGUGCCAAAGCUGCAGACGCUGUAGAAGGAGAGGGCAGACCCCGUAAGGACCCAAUGAAACUUAAGUUCCCAGACGCGUACGGGGGGAAGAAGGACGAUAACUUUGACAWCUGGGAGGCCAGUGUCAAUAGUUACAUUUAUUUCCAACUUAUCCUGAUGGAGGAGCAAGUCCUCGUGGCCUUUGAGGCCCUGAAGGACGAAGCGGCUAGCUUCGCCAGGUCUCUCGCGCGUACAACCGGUUGCGAAAACAACCUGGUUGCAUAUUGUAAAGAGCACCAGGGUCAUCUGAGGCAGGUCUUGGAGAAGCUUAGAGGGGCUAACUUCAAGAUCAACGCGAAGAAGUGCGAGUGGGCCAAGACGCAAGUCUUAUACUUGGGCCACGUGUUGGACGGAGAUGGCAUUAAGCCAGAGGACAGCAAGAUCGCGGCGAUCAGAGAUUGGCCGACGCCCCGCACAUUGACAAAGUUGCGGUCGUUCCUAGGCUUAGCUAACUACUACAGGAAGUUCGUGAGGAAGUUCUCCACUAUCGCCGCUCCCUUGCGCAGGUUGAUGAAGAAAGAGACAAUCUGGCAAUGGGAUAAAGACUGUACGUAUGCGCUAAAAAAGUUAAAGCGCGCGUUAAUAGAGUAUCCUGUCCUCAAGGUUGCAGACCCGUCCUUGCCAUUUGUCGUCACCACGGACGCGAGUAAGUAUGGGAUAGGCGCCGUGUUGCAACAAGAUGACGGCAAUGGCUAUAGACCCGUAGAGUUCAUGUCCGCGAGGAUGCCUUGUGAGAAAGUCGCUACCUCCACGUACGAAAGAGAACUCUACGCCCUCAGGCAGGCUUUAGACCAUUGGAAGCACUACCUGCUUGGGAGGCACUUCAAAGUCUACUCGGACCAUGAAACACUUAGAUGGUUGAAGACCCAGGCCAAGAUGACACCUAAGUUGACCAGGUGGGCUGCAGAGAUAGACCAAUUCGACUUUGAGCUCAAGCCAGUGAAGGGCAAGUACAACGUAGUGGCGGAUGCUCUAAAUAGGAGAUCAGACUACUUUGGAGCCGUAGUACAUUAUUUGGAUAUAGGGAGAGACCUGCAGGAGAAAGUGAACCAAGCAUAUAGGCAGGACCCUAUCUAUAGCGACCUCCUAAAGAGAGUUAGUGAGGCCCCAGAGACCGAACCAGAUUACCACACUACAGACGGGUUGCUGUUUGAGAAGACUAAUGUGUUUGACUGCCUGUGCAUUCCCAACAGCGAAGAGAUUCGUAGUCUGAUUCUAGGGGAAUGUCACGAUACUGAGGGACACUUCGGUUGGCAAAAGACGUUAGCCAAUCUGAUGCGUGCGUACACAUGGCCAGGGAGAAGAACGACUGCGUAGAGUAUGUCCGCAAUUGUAAAGUGUGCCAGAGGAAUAAAUCUACUACACGCGC